AGAGUGGUUUGUUCCUGUGGACGUGGUCUGUAGACGCUGCACUUCGGAAUAUGAAAGUGAGGAGAACGAAAGCAACAAGGAAGAAGUUUUCUUGAGCUUAUUUCGUUCCAGGUCUUUCACAGGUCCGGUUCAGGUUCCGGUUCGGUCCCAAAAUGGAGACGCUUUACCACCAAACUAACAAACAAAUCCAGGAAAUCCAGUCUCGUAUGGGGCAACUGGAGACGACAGAUCGACAGUCAGUGCACCUGGUUGAAAAUGAACUGCAGGCCAGAAUCGAGCAGGUCUUCAGUCAGCUGGAACGGCUUGAGAUGCUGGUCGGGAAAGAACCGCCAAACCGGCGGCAGAACGCCAAACUGCGUGUGGAGCAGCUGAAGUAUGAUGUGCAGCAUUUGCACUCAGCCCUGAAGAACUUCCAGCACAGACGAUACACACGCGAGGCUCAGGAGAAAGAAAGGGAGGAGCUCAUGAGUCGUACUUUCACCACCAACGAUGCAGAUACUUCCAUCCCCAUAGAUGACACUCUUCAGUUUAAUUCCAGUCUACACAAUGCACACAGAAACAUGGAUGACCUUCUCGGCUCCGGAUCAAGCAUUCUGAACGGUCUCCGCGACCAGAGAAGCACGCUGAAGGGUACUCAUAAGAAGAUGCUGGACGUGGCCAACAUGUUGGGUUUGUCCAACACGGUGAUGCGUCUGAUCGAGAAACGAGCCACUCAGGAUAAGUUUAUCAUGGUAGGCGGCAUGGUGAUCACCUGCGUCGUCAUGUUCCUGGUAGUCACGUACCUGAGCUGAACCUUCUUACCUGAAACGGACUAAAAGAGGAGCGGUGGUGGUGGUGUUAAUCCAGGUCCGAUUACUCCACAUUGGCUUGGGAUUAAAUCUCUUUGACUCCUGAGCUCAACUUUGUGAUAAACUGUUACUGUGUUCAAGCAGAUAUUUGAAAUGGAAAAUCUUGACGACUCUUCCUUCUCAGUUUUUUGUUUUUUCCUUCAAUCUAAAUUCUCAUCUCUAGUAUCCUGUUUAAGGAUGACUGAGAAAGAAAGAGACUUUCAUCAUUUAUCCAGAAUCAUCGGUGGGGGUUUUUUUCUCCCUUUCUUUCUUUCAUGUUGUUGUAUGUAUAUGUAAAAGAGUCAUUAAUGUGCUUUUAGUCUUUUGAAAGAAUGCCGCAGCUAAAAAUAAUUUAAAAUGGACCAGCACAUUCACAGGACUGUACACACUGCACUUUAUUGGGACCUUUCGUAGUUUGCGGUCAAAGCCGGGUUCUACAAGAUGUUGGAUAUGUUAAUUUGAAAUUCUGGCCCGUGAUCGGAUCACGCAACUCCUGCAUAUUUUUCAGAUGCUGUGAAAUCUCCUGUUCUACCACAUCCCCAAGGUGUUCUGUUAGAUUCAGGUUUGAACUCGCAGUCAUGUUCAUGAAGUCAUUUUUAACCCUUUUGAACCAGCAGGGAGCGGGUUCUUGAACCAGUUCCAUUCAGGAUGCUCAGGCCACGUUUUCACUAGUUUUGAGCAGAACUGUUGUAAAUAAGGAUGCGUGAUGAACGGAGGGUGUUGCACAAUUCACAGUGGGAGGAAACGGUAGUUGCGAGAUGGUAGUGGAUAUUGAUUUACCUGUGAGCUUUUGUUCUCUUAUUGCUGAUUUUUCCUGUCUUUUUUUUUUUUUUCAAAAAAUUUUUAUAUUAUUGGAGAUGUAAAUAUCCCAGAAACUCCAGUCCAGGUAAAUGGAACUGAACAGGCUUAACGUUGAGCAAUACAAGAUUUAUUCUUCCAAAUUGGAAUGAGAAACUCACAAAUUUUCAAUAUCCACAUCAAGUCGGGCGUCCAGCUCCUGCAAAACGCGCUGCAGCAUGUCUUUUGGUAACAGCCUUCCUCUUUAAAACGUGUCUAAAUCUGCAUCGCAGUUGGUACAUUUUUAGAAAAUUCUCUCAAAUACACGCUGCACAGGCUUGUUCGAGUGUACUCCAACACACCAACGCCUUUUCUUUUCCAGUGAAUGACAUUUUUCUAUACCUAAAAAGAAACUAUUUUGACAUCAAUCGAACGAGAAUUGGUAAAGUUAUUAGAUUGUGAACGGAGAUCAAGGUUUUUUUUGAAAUGCCCUGUACUUUCCAAACUAAUGAGACGGCCCCUGAUGUCAUCAUGGUUUGGGCUGGAAAAACCAGCCAUUAUUUUUGGUCGAAAUGCUCUGAAUGGUUCAAAAGAAAGGAACCCAGUUCCUGUUGGUGGAAACUGAGAUGACUUUGGUGUGGUAUCAGGGUGAAAGUAGCUACUAGAAGAUACUAAACUGUGGCUAUGAAGGGAAGCACAUGGUCAGCCACAAUAGGCCAUUUGCAGGAAUUGGUCACGUGUCAACUUUCCCCAAAGCAACAAGUCUGUGGUGGGUAAGCUAACUUGACAUUCCUUGACAAUCAUAAGAGUUUGACUGACUGGCGAUGCAAAGCAAUCCAUUUCUAUAAUAGCUGUUUUUACCUUUUUAACCUGAAUUUUCACGUGUACUUGGAAAAAGUUUGUGGUUUUAACGUCUGUCACAAGUUAAAACGAAUCAUUGGCUGUAAAAGGUUUUUUUUUUUUUAAGACUCAAGUUGGUCGAUUUCUCAAGUAUGUUUAACUUUCUCCUUUUCUACCUUUUUAAGUCAUACCUAAGAAAUCCGCCAUUUUGCACUGAAUUUCUUUCAGUGGUGACCAACUUGAGUCCAAAAAACUCUUUUACAGCCAAUGAUUCACUUUCACUUACGACAAAAGUUAAAACCACAAACUUUUUCUAAGUACACAAUUUCAGGUCAAAAAAAGACAGUAGAAAUGGCUUGCUUUGCAUCGCCAGUCAAACUCUUAUGGUUGGCAAGGAAUGUCAAGUUAGCUUGCCCACUACGGGUUUGUUGCUUUGGGGAAAAUUGACACGUGACCAAUUCCUGCUUAUGGCAUUUAAGUGAUAAUUUGAUUUGGUAUUAACAGGUCUAAAGUGUGCCAAGAAAACCAAUAUUCCCUACACCACCUCCACCAGCCUCGACUGUUGACCCAAGGUAAUUCUGGGCCAUAGAGUCAUGUUGUUGGUGCCAAAUUCAGACCCCAUCAUGUGUGCUUCAGGAGAAAGUAAGAUUCAUCAAAAGAAGCUGCGUUUAAGUCUUCAGCUGUCCAUUUUUGGCGAGCCCGUGCUGACUACAUCCUCAACUUUCUGUCCUUAGCUGACCAAAGUGGAACUCAACAUGGUCUUCUGCUAUUAUAGCCCUUCCACAUCAAGGUUUGAUGUCGUGUAUUCUAAGAUGCUUUUCUGCUCACCUCAAUUUUAUAGUGGUGAUCAGCGUUCCUGCAGUCUUUCAGUGAGCUCAGACCAGUCUAGGUAUUCACUUGUGACCUCUCAAGAACAUGUUUCUGGGUACAGGACACUUCCCCCACCUCAACUGGAUGUUCUUGAUUUUAGAAACUGUUGCUUGUGUGUGUGUGUGUGUGAAAAUCCCAGGAUAUGAGCAGUUAUAGAAAUACUCCAACUCUAUAAUCACACUGUCUAUUACCCAGAUGAGGAUGGGUUCCCUUUGGAGUCUGGUUCCCCGAGUCAUCGGAGGGAGUUUUUCCUUGCCACCGUCAUGCUCAUGGGGGAUAACAUGAAUUAAUUUAAGUCUUUUUAAUUUUCUGUAAAGCUGCUCUGUGACUGUCUUAUUAAAAGCAUGAUACAAAUAAACUUUGACCUCUUGAAA